AUGCUGGGCUAUUACGCAGGGUAAGUAAUGUAACAGUUGGGUUUUUGCAUAGCUGAUGUUAAAACAGAAAAUAAAUGUGCAGAAUUUCUAUUCCAAAAUGCUAUACAUCCGCUGGGGGGUAUCUUUCCAUUUCAGGACGAUCCGAUACGUAUGUAGAUACGAUAGAAAAAUGAUACGUGUUUAUACGCGGGAAAAACGAUUCAAUUUGGUUAUAAUAUAAUAUAUGGUCCCUCACUUAUCCUCCUGCACGUGCUCAGACAUGGUGUGGCAGAGGGUGUGCUGGAAGCUGCUGGGGAACGUCCCGGAGUGAUGGCUGGAGAGUGUGCUCACUGGGCUGGUGCAGGCUGUCUGUAGGUAAGGGAAGAGAGAUGGCUAGAGGUUAUAAAAUGGUAUCAAACUGUCUGCGUCUUUGUCCCAUCUCUUUCUCUCGUAAUGUAAGUGUUAUUUUUCCUCUAAGCCCGACAGAGGUCCAGGAUCAUGGGGAUUCUGGUGUUGAAGAACAGAAAGGCCCAUAAACUGCUACUGUUUCAAUUGUAGGCACUACAAUUGAAGUAUGAGGUGAGAUGGUGAACUGAUGUUGAACUGGGCAGUCAGUCAUUCAUUAUGUACUAUGCGUCUAUUCAAUCUAUCAUUGUUGAAAUUGAAAAAGCAUCUGUUAUAGCUGAAAUCUUCAACUUCAUUCCCAGACUCGUGUUUCGAGGAUUCUUCUGGGAUACCUGGCUCAGGACAGGGAGAGGCCACCACUUAUACAGGUGAGUGUACAACAAAGUCUUUAGUGUUUUGAUGAUAACAGCAACUGGACACACACGCACAAACAGUCACACACACAAUUAACAACAUUGUCAUAAAUACACAUGUAUUGAUUGUGUGUGAUUGUGUGUGUGACUGUGUGUGCAUGUGUCCAGGUGCUGCGGUCACUGUGCCAGGCCUGGGCCAACCCCCUCUGAAGCAGCAGCUCUAUGUGAGCCAGGCUCUGCUGUUGUGUGUAGGACUACUGAGUGAUGCAGAGCUAUAGGAGCUAUACUCAGGUAUACCCCCAACACUACGGCACAGUAUUGUGUCACACGAUCAGAGCUGUUCACACUACUUUCUGACCUGUUUGAAAAUGAAAUGAAAAAAAAAAAUCCUAGGAAAACGACUGAGCGUUUUGUUAUGGGACGUGUCCAUGUAGUCCCACCUUGUUGUAGUCUGUUUUCUUCUGUUUGGUGCCUAAUGAUCACAACCCUCAUGUCCUUUCCCCUGUCAAAGCUGCUGCAGUUCAUGCUGGGAGAGAUGCAGAGCCACCUGGACAGCAGCGUAGUGUGUGUGAGGGGCAUGGUGGUGGUGGAGUUUCUCUGCUCCUGCAUGGACAUCAACGGAGCCAAGCUCAAAUUCGAGGUACAGUACAGUAUGGCACCUUUUGGGUGCAUCUCAAUAGUCUGAAGUGUCUCACUGUCACUAUAUUCUGUUCUCUGCUCAUAUUGAUCUGAAUGAACUGGACAGGUGAAAACAAAUAACAUAAUGCUUUUAUCUAUCUGCUGUUCAGAUCAGUGCAAAUGAAAGAAAGGAGACGGAGAAAGCCACUGUAGACUAUUGAGGUGCACCCCUACAGUAGGCUAUGACUGCCUUUACAUUUUAGUCAUUUAGCAGACGCUCUUAUCCAGAGCAACUUACAGUUAGUGAGUGCAUAACAUUUUUUCAUACUGGCCCCCCGUGGGAAUCAAACCCACAACCCUGGCGUUGCAAGCGCCAUGCUCUACCAACUGAGCUACACGGGACUAGGAUAGGUAAGAGAUUGUCAUAAUCAAACCCAUAACACUCUGCAAUACCUCUUGUUAUACACUACAUUUAUUAACAUAAUGUUGUCUGUGAGACUGAAGUUUGAUAUUUAAUUAAAAUCAUUGCAACUUAAUUAAUCUUCCCAUGGGCAGUUAAGAAGGCAUGGUAUGGAGCUGUUAAGAAGCCUUUUGGACCUAGACUUGGCGCUCCGGUACCGCUUGCCGUGCGGUAGCAGAGAGAAGAAUCUAUGACUAGGGUGGCUGGAGUCUUUGACAAUUGUUAGGGCCUUCCUCUGACACCGCCUGGUAUAGAGGUCCUGGAUGGCAGGAAGCUUGGCCCCAGUAAUGUACUGGGCCGUCCGCGCUACCCUCUGUAGUUCCUUGCGGUCGGAGGCUGAGCAGUUGCCAUACCAGGCAGUGAUGCAACCAGUCAGGAUGCUCUCGACGGUGCAGCUGUAGAACUUUCUGAGGAUCUGAGGACCCAUGCCAAAUCUUUUCAGUCUCCUGAGGGGGAAUAGUUUUGUCGUGCCCUCUUCACGACUGUCUUGGUGUGUUGGACCAUGACAGUUUGUUGGUGAUAUGGACACCAAGGAACUUGAAGCUCUCAACCUGCUUCCUACAGCCCCGUCGAUGAGAAUGGGGGCGUGCUCAGUCCUCCUUUUCCUGUAGUCAGCAAUCAUCUCCUUUGUCUUGAUCACCUUGAGGGAGAGGUUGUUAUGCUGGCAACACACGGCCAGGUAUCUGACCUCCUCCCUAUAGGCUGUCUCAUCGUUGUCGGUGAUCAGGCCUACCACUGUUGUGUCGUCUGCAUACAUAAUGAUGGUGUUGGAGUCGUGCCUGGCCAUGCAGUCAUGGGUGAACAGGGAGUACAGGAGGGGACUGAGCACGCACCCCUGAGGGGCCCCCGUGUUGAGGAUCAGCGUGGCAGAUGUGUUGUUACCUACCCUUACCACCUGGGGGCAGUCCAGGAUCCAGUUGCAGAGGAGGGUGUUCCAACGAACCAUGGCAGAGUUAGUGCCUACAAAAAUAUACAUUUUCUAUUUCUCUCUAUAGUAGUGUUAAAUUAACUAGGCUCUAUGUCCCUGACCUGUGUGUGUAUCAACCAGUGAUGAUUCGCUCACCCCCUAUUGACCUGGAGAUAGCCAAGCCGCACCGCCUUGCGACCUCCAAGACUGUCUGGAGGGUAAGAUACAGUAGAUAGGUCUCUCCAUGGGUGGGAGAUGGACAUUUAAGCUUAUCAACACUCUCUUUAUUUUACUGACUUGUUGAAUGAUUGAUCCAUUCAUCCUUCCAUUUCUCCUCAGCCUUCCUCUCCUCUGAGGACCCAGUAA